AACAUUUUGCUUCGCAGUUCAAUUUUUGUUCUUGGCUUAAAAGCACAUCGUACGGAUUCACUUAUUGUUUUGUAGGCACAAAUUCAACCAGUUUAGCGAUGAAUCGUUUGUUCGGUAAAUCGAAACCCAAGGAACCGGGUCCAAGCAUAAGCGACUGCAUCUCUGGUGUCGAUACGCGAGCCGAAGCGAUUGAGGGUAAGGUGAAAACGCUCGACAACGAGCUGCGAAAGUACAAGGAUCAAAUGGCGAAGAUGCGAGAAGGACCCGCAAAGAAUGCCGUCAAACAGAAGGCACUGCGUGUGCUGAAGCAGCGCAAGCAAUACGAAAGUCAAGUGGAGAACCUUCGGAACCAGUCGUUCAACAUGGAACAAGCCAACUUUGCACACCAAACGCUUAAGGACACCCAGGCAACGGUGACCGCUAUGAAGGAUGGCAUGAAAUCUAUGAAGAAAGAGUUCAAAAAGAUCAACAUCGAAGAAAUUGAAGACAUACAAGACGAUAUGGCCGAUAUGCUGGAACAAGCAGAUGAGGUUCAAGAAGCCAUGGGGCGAACUUAUGGCAUGCCAGAGGUGGACGAUGACGAGCUACAAGCCGAACUCGAUGCACUGGGCGAUGAAAUAGCCCUCGAUGACGAUGCCAGCUAUCUGGAUGAUGUUGUGAAAGCUCCGGAAGCGCCAGAUAAGGAACCAGGCGCCGACAGUGUGACCAACAAGGACGGUAUUUUGGUGGACGAAUUCGGAUUACCCAAAAUUCCUACUUCGGUAAAAACAACCUAAGAUAUUUGUUUAUUUCCUUAAUACGAUUAUUUAAAAAAAGCAUUGUUUUACCGGAUACACGCCCUUUCGUUGGCCAAGAGUACAGCUAUCUCAUAAGUUAAAACGGAUCGUCUAUCGCGGGUGGACAGUGUAGUCUACGCAACGUUGAAUCGUCUCGUUUGUCCCCUGUACAAUGAAUUCAUAUCAUAUUUCAAGCUCACUCUUUCCUUAUUCACUUAUUUCGUCAAUCACUGGCACGUUCUGAAGAUCAGAGCACUUGCGCCUCAGUAGAUCGAUCUGUUCCUUCAGGUAUCUUUCCUUGGCUGCGGCACGUUGAAGCAAAAUCUUGGCCUUUUCCAACAGCUGGCUUUUCUUCUCCAGCUUAUCCUUUAACUCUUCGAGCAGUGCCGCACGGUCACCGCUGUUGGCCGCGGUUGCCAACGAAGGUUCUCCGCCAGAGAGAACCUUGCAGCGGGUGCAGCUCACACUCGACAGCAGCUCGAUUUCUACCUGUUGCAUCGACAUUUUGUUCAACGCCUCCGCAUGUCCUAGCUGAAGCUUUUCGUAAUCCUUCUUCAGACGCUCGUAUAACUCCUUCUCCACGGUUCUACCGGGCGCGCCAUUCGAAGGUUCUCGUUCGCGCAAUCUCUGAUCUUUCAAAUGCUUGUUCUCAAAUCGCAGCUUCUCAACCAUACGUUGUAGCGUAAGCACUGUUUGCUCCAGAGUGGCGUUACGUCCCACCAAAUCGUUUGCCCCUUUGCGACGGCUACAUCUGACGCAAAGAUUUUCAAAAUUGAUUGACUCCGGACACCCGGCAGUGGCUUUCGAAAGCUCCUCUUUCAAUGUAAUGAUAAAUCUGUAAAACAAAAUAAAAAAAGUAAUAUCAAUAAGUUAAUCAAAAACACGUUUUGUCUGUUCUAAACGAUGAAAUGUUCCACUCAAAUCUAGAAAAAACAGGUUUUCGGGAUGUUAGAGAACCAACAUCCCGUAAACAUUUAUGAUCGACUUGAACGUUAUCAUUCUAUGCGGGAUUCCCCUUUCGCGGCGAUCCGGGAAACCCCAAUAGCUAAAGAACUGGUUCCACCUUUCAGUUUCGAACAGCAACGGCUGCAACAAAUACAGAUCUACGUCAGUCUAUGAGAUAGUAUUGCUCCGGCGAACAGGAGAUGUACAGUAUUUAUUUUACAGCACAGAGAUGUGUCAGGAGAGAAAUUGUAUGUAAUCAAGCAAAAACGCGCUUUUCGUAAAUAAUUCUAAUGCAAAACACAAUAGGUCAUACCGAAGGCAGUAUGGGGUUUAAAAGGCAAAUGUUUGUUACCUUCGUUUGACUCAUCCAUCAAUUGCUGCGCCUUUUUUACUUCUAUGAAAAAUACUAAGCGUCGUUCAAAUAUACGGUAAAAUAACAGCCA